AUGGAUAAAUGUGCACGGAUAUCGCGACACCCGGAUGUAGCAGUGAACACAAAAGACAAAGAAACUAUGUAUUGGUCUUGGAAACGAUAUGGUUAUUGGUUAUGGUCAGCGAGCAUGAUGAAGACCUAUUUCUCAGACUAUGUUAAUUAUUUUAGUAACACGGCUGCAUUGUUAAAUAACGCUAAACGAAAAGACGGCAAGACAAAGCUCAUCACUGGGGACGGAACUCCGAUGGAUAUGUGGGAUUUUCGGGGAUGGAAAAUGAUACCACAGAACAGGGGACUCUCAGAACCCCGAUAUCUGACCCCACAUCUCAUUAAACACAUAAAUCCAGACGUUAAACUUAUAGUUAUACUCAGAAAUCCAGUAGAUAGACUGUAUUCGGACUACUAUUUUAUUGACAAUGGAGAGCGAAACAAGAAUCAAACUACUUUUCAUUUCGCUGUGUUGAAGGCAAUUAAUGUUCUUGAGAGGUGUAGCAUACGAAGAAUUUUGAGGAGUUGUCUGUUUGAUUUUCAUAUAAAUGCAGAUUUAAACAAAAAUCAACAAAGGUUAGUUCUAAACUUCAUAAAGAUUGCCAGGUCCAGCAAAUGGUCUACCAAGACACUAUUUUUACUCCUUACAAAAGAAGAAGGUACCACGAGAAUACAUUUAGGAUUUUAUGCUAUUUAUUUACGAGAAUGGCUCUCAGUAUUUCCACGUGAACAAAUGUUAAUUCUACGUACAGAAGAUUACUCAUCUAAUGUGUCCUCUGUUGUGAAACAAGUAUUUAAAUUUCUUGAAUUACGUGUUUUGACAGAUGAUGAACUAGAAAAACUAAAUAUUACGAUAUCAGAAAGAGUGUAUGUUACAAAAGACAAGAUUGGAAAACCGCCCAUGAAUCCCAAAACAAGACAAAUAUUAGAAAAUAUUCAUAGUUCUGAUAUACAAGACUUAUACAAGUUAUUGAAUGAUGAAAGAUUUCUGUGGCAUUCACAAAACAGUGUUAUUGAAAAUAAUACGGAAAAUGUGACACAAUCUUAUAAAAUACAUUAUGAAAAUAAAAUAUGA